CACACACUCUGAACGAGUCCAGACACACUCAGCGAUCCUCUCCUUCAGCAGUCAGGACUGUACUUAGAAGAGGUAGAACAACGUUAAGGACAUAUUUUUAAACAGGCUCCUCUGGUUGGACUUAGUGUCUCUUGACUGGACUGAAUAUUUGGGCCUGGUGCUGCGGCGCUCCAGUCCUGCCUGUAGCUUCUUGUCUGUCUCUCGACACCCCUGCUACAGUGCUUGGCGGGAGGAAGAGACUGCUGACCCGCCAUGUUUCUCGCACUAGUGGUGACGCCAGAGCUGAGGGAGUUCCUGGCCAGGGCAAGAGGUGGAGCAGUGCGCCUCAUCAAGGUGCGCAUCCAAGACGAGCAGCUGGUGCUGGGGGCCUACAGAGAGCCGGAGAAGAGCUGGGACCAGGAUUAUGAUCGCUUCCUGCUUCCUCUCCUGGACGACCAGGAACCCUGUUACAUCCUGUACCGCCUCGACUCCCAGAAUGCACAGGGCUACGAGUGGAUCUUCGUAUCGUGGUCUCCUGAUCAGUCUCCAGUGAAACAAAAGAUGCUGUACGCUGCCACCCGCGCCACAGUGAAGAAAGAGUUUGGCGGUGGCCAUGUGAAGUAUGAGAUGUUCGGCACAGCUGAGGAGGACAUCUGUUUGCUGGGCUACCAGCGCCAUGUGUCAUCCUGCUCAGCUCCUGCCCCGCUCACAUUAGCCGAGCAGGAGCUGCAGAGGAUCAAAAUCACAGAGGGCCGGGUUAAACAGGUGAAGACAGAGAUCAGCGUGGAGAGUAAGCACCAGACACUUCAGGGCCUCGCUUUCCCACUGCAGGAGACGGCCAAACGAGCCCUGCAGCAACUCGCCCAAAAACGCAUCAACUACAUACAGCUGAGGUUGGAUGUAGAGAAGGAGACGAUCGAGCUGGUCCACGCCAACCCCACAGAAACUCGUGAUUUGCCCCGCAGGGUUCCAAAAGACACUCCCAGAUAUCACUUCUUCCUCUACAAACACUCCCACGAAGGAGACUACCUGGAAUCUGUCGUGUUCAUCUACUCCAUGCCAGGAUACAGCUGUAGCAUUAAGGAGCGGAUGCUGUACUCCAGCUGCAAGAGUCGACUACUGGAGGGAGUGGAGAAAGAUUACCAUUUGGAAAUUGCUAAAAAGUUGGAGAUUGAUAACGGAGAUGAACUGACAGAGGACUUUCUGUACGACGAGGUCCAUCCCAAGCAGCACGCUCACAAACAGGCCUUCGCUAAGCCCCGCGGCCCAGCAGGAAAAAGGGGGCACAAGCGCCUCAUUAAGGGGACAGGAGGGACCAUACAGGACAGCUAGGACGCGGACACAUGUCUCCCAUAGUUGAGUCUGCAGUUCCAGCCCUCUCCCCAUUUGCCCCCAGACCCACUAACACCUCGUCAGGCCCGGAGGAACGAGCUCAGUGAUGGAUUUCCUCUGCUGUUUGUGUACUGAAACACCUGUGCUGUAGAACUAAUGUUUUUGAUGGGAAUAUGCUGAUAAAUUAUCUGACUCCUACAGGCAAAUAAAUAUAAAGACAUAUAUCAUUAAUCAAUAAACAGAACGGUUUAUUGAUGAGCCUCCUUUUAAAGAGUCAGGCUGAGACCCAGACAGAUGGCUUUGUUAUUGUGAAGCUAAUCUGUCUGGGUCUACCACACAUAGAUCUGCAGUUUACACUGUAAUAAUAAUAAUAAUAAUAAUAAUAAUAGACUUGUAAUGACUUGUAAAUGCGUAGUGAGAUGUUUCAGUCCUCAUGUCCGGCCUUCAGUACAAGUUUUGUAUCAACAAUGUUUGUAAGACAAUAAGAAAGGAAAUUCCAAUAAAUUUUGUUUAUACUGUGGUAUUAGA